AUGAUUUCAUUUCAGGGACCGUCAAUGGGCUAUCCAUUACCCUCUCAACCGGGCCACCCUUUAGCGAUGGGCGGGACGUCACCCUCGGCGGCUGGGACGUCCCAAACCCUGCCCAUGCAAGCCGUCAAUAGCCCUAGCAGUUCGACAUGCCUACGGAAUGAUGUCACUCCCCAAUCGGGCGAUACACCUGGACAGCCUGGCAAUAAUGGCAAUCCUCCAAGUUUGGACUCAAUUUCCGAAGCCGAGCUUUGUAUGUCUACGAGUGGCAGUGGCGAUCUGAUGGAUGAAUGUCUUCUACCGACCGGUUUGCUCAUGGACUGUACCGGCUACAAUCCUGCUGCUGCCAGUACUUCUGAUCAACAUCAUGCUGGUGGCUACGAUAUGUACAUCGGCGACUACUGCCAACAGAUCGUCUCCUAUCCACAGCAUCCAUCUGAUCCACCUCAAUCCGCUGGUCGUGACACACCACAGCGAGCUGGUGGCAAAGCUAUUGCUCAACAAGCGAAGAAACGAGGAAUUUUCCCAAAACCGGCGACCAACAUCCUUCGAACGUGGCUUUUCCAGCACUUGACGGUAAUUGCAUCUAACCGCUUUUACUCACUCGCUUUUCUGUGUUCUUAA